AUGAGAUGUUUCACAUUCCAGGAUUUUCAACUAGCACCUAUGUUUAAAGAGUUAGAGCAUAUUGUUAGAAUCCCUAUGAAGAACAAGUUGUCAUUUAGGGGUAUGGAAGUGUCUCUCAAGCACGAGGUUAAAAUUGUUGCCCUUCAUAUGGAUAAGAAUGAUGUUACCUCUAAUUUUGAAGCCAAAGCAAACACCAAAGGGUUCCCACUCAAGUUUCUCAUAAAGAGGGCCUAUAUUCUUUUGGAUGCUCAUAUUUGGGAGGCAUGUUGUGUUGUGAUUGCGUUAUCUAUCUAUGGAAUCAUUUUGUUCCCAAACUUGGAUAAUUUCAUAGACAUGACUGCUAUUAGUAUCCUCAUUAUGAAGAAUCUAAUGCCCACCCUUUUGGCUGAUAUGUACUAUUAUUUGAGUUUAAGGCAUACGAAAAAAGGAGGGAUGAUUGCUUAUUGUGCUCCUCUGCUAUAUAAAUGGGAAUACGAUGGUAUAAAGAUUAUAUCCAACUAUGGGUACUUCCCAAACAUACCAGUCAUUGGGACUCGAGACUGCAUCAAUUCCAAUCCAAUCCUAUCUAUAAGUCAACUUGGGUACCCAAUGGAGGGUCCUCCCGAGGAGAAAUCAUUGGAAGCUUUUCUACUACAUGACUUGGGGGUUGGGAAUUCUAUCUUGUUCAAGAGGAUUAAGAAAGCAUGGGAGAAUGCCAAUAAGAAAGGAAAAGCUGACAUAGGAAGGAAGAACUGUAUCACAAAGGAAUCUUACUUCCAGUGGAUAAGGGAAAUGUUGAAGUUGAUUAAGAUAUCUUUUAGUAUUGAGAUGCCUUUUCCACUUCCGGAGCCUAAGCCUACUCACAUCCCUAUUGAAGAGGCAGAGUAA